UAAAUGUGUGUGUGUGUGUGUGUGUGUGUGUGUGUGUGUGUGUGUGUGUGUGUGUAGAUUAAACAUGAACGGGCCAAAACGGACAUGGCAGCAGGUCAAAAUCAAAUACAAGAACAUUCUGCAGAAUGCAGUGAAAAAGAAUACCCACAGACAAGGCACGGGUGGUGGGUCACCAAAGGCUGACCUUACCCCAGCAGAGGACAUGGCCUUGAGCUAAAUAAAGGCAGGCCCGUCUUAGAGGGGAUCCCUGGGGGAAAGAGACGAGCAUAGGUUCCUCCCAAGAUGCCACCCGCUUCAUUCAAGUGCCUGGCAGCACUGUGUUCCUGUUAGAGCCACCAGCACAAGCACCAGACGAUGCUGAUCCAGGUGAAGGCCCCAGUGCAGCAGCAACAGCACAUGAUGGAGACGAUGAUGAGGAGGAGACCAUCUCUCUGGAUUCCAGAAGGCAUGAGGACCCAGAUGCUAUACAGUGGGAAAACCAGCCUGGCAACAUAAGCUCACAAGCUAUCAGAAAGUUGUAUGGCAACCACCUCCGGCACCAAAUAGAACUGGCAGACAUAGACAUUCAGUACAAGAAGAAAAAGAUGGAAAAUCUUGCACUGGAGUCCGAAAUAAAAAAAGAGGACAAUUAGGAAACUGGACCUUGAAAUAAAAAAACUUGAGAGGGAGCUCCAAGAAGAUGACACAGCUCAAAAUAAAAAUUAGCAAUCAGUACAACCAAGUCAUCGUUAUAAGGCAUCGCCCUCUUUUGCCCACCCCCCAGCACCAGGUGUGGCCACUAGCCUAUAUGAAGGCCCAAAAUUGUGUGUUCCUUUCUGCUCUGACAAUGGCAUGCCCAUUCGUGCGAGAUGUGGUGGAUGAAGAAGCACUUGUGCUGAGGAGAGCCUUCAGGCGAGAAAGGGUCUUCAGGGACCGGUUGGACCCACUGGCCUUCCUGAUGACCAUCUAUAUGAAAGAUACAGGUUUUCUGCAGAUGGCAUCAGGUAUCUAUGCAGACUACUGGGUCCCAGGAUUAAGCACCGCACUGCACGGAGCCAUGCACUGAGUGUGGAGCAAAUGGUUUGUGUGGCCUUGCGCUUUUUUGCUAGUGGAGCCUUCCUGUACUCAGUGGGGGAUGCAGAACAGCUGAACAAGGCCACAAUUUGCCGCACAAUAAGGAGUGUGUGUCUGGCUAUCAAAGCAUUAGCAGAUGUCUUCAUCUCCUUCCCUGGCCACAGAAGACUCUGUGACAUCAAAGAGGAGUUCUAUAGGAUUGCAGAUGGUCUGCAAUGCUGACUGUGUGAUCAGCAAUGUUGAGGCAAAAUGGCCUGGCUCAGUCCAUGACUCCAGAAUCUUUCGGGCCUCUGAAAUCUAUCAGUGCCUAUCACAAGGUGAAUUCUCUGGUGUGUUGCUGGGAGACAGGGGGUAUGGCUGCCAGCCUCUUCUCCUGACACCUUUCACAGACCCCCAGGAAGCACAGCAGACCUACAACCAUGCCCAUGCCAGGACCAGUGCCAGAGUUGAAAUGACCUUUGGCCUCCUGAAGGCACGCUUUCACUGCCUUCACAAAUUAAGGGUCAGCCCUGUUAGGGCAUGUGAUAUUACUGUGGCUUGUGCUGUCCUCCACAAUGUGGCCUGCCUGAGGAAGGAGAGGGCCCCCAGAGUGCCACCAGCCAUGGACUGGGACAAUCCGGCAAUCUUCCCUGAUGACGACAGUGGUCGGCUGCUGAGGGACCAAUAUGUGUUGAAUUAUUUUAGUUAGUAUGUGUGCUUUCAAUUUUGGUUAAAUAUGUCCUGCGGUGGCAGAGGAAUUUGGGUUU